AUGCUGAUGAUCUGGAUUGUGGUGCUGGCUCUCAGGCUCUGCACAUCUGACAGAGGAGGCGUAGCACAGGCUGCCAGCCCUGCUCCAGAGAGAAGGAGUCCAGGGGGCCGUCUGACAGCAUCCUCCCUUGACUUAGGGGAGCCUCAGCGAGUAAAGAGCCUUGACUUGGUGGAGUUUGCUAGCCCGGGGGAGGAUGGGGGUGGCAGAGCCAAAGCCUUUAACCUGGGGGUCCCAGUUAGUGAGCAGGCAAGGGCUGUAGGAAGUGGGGAGAAGGAGCAUCAGGAGGCACCCACCACCUCCAAUAGCCACUCCGGCUCAACUCCCUCAACACUGUCACCUGCCAGCAUGACAAGCUCAGGCACCAGUGAACAACCCACCACCUCUAACAGCCAACCAGGCUCAACUCCCUCAACACGCUCACCUGCCAGCAUGACAGGCUCAGGUAUCAGUGAAUAACCCACCACCUCCAACAGCCACUCAGGCUCAACUCCCUCAACACUGUCACCUGCCAGCAUGACAAGCUCAGACACUAGUGAACAACCCACCACCUCCAACAGCCAACCAGGCUCAGGCUCACCUCCCUCAACACUGUCACCUGCCAGCAUGACAAGUUCAGGUGUCAGCGAACAACCCACCACCUCCAACAGCCACUCAGGCUCAACUCCCUCAACACUGUCACCUGCCAGCAUGACAAGCUCAGGCACCAGUGAGCAACCCACCUCUUCACCCAUCAGUUCAAGCUCAACUGAAAUGACAACGUUACCUGGAGGUACCACAACAGCGGGCUUCCCUGAGGAACCUACCACCUCCCACACCAGUCUAAGCCUCACUUCUACAGUUGUGUCUUCUGAAAGCCUCCAAACCUUAGUGCCAGAAAACCCAGAAAAACUCAACGCCACUUUAGGUGUGAGAGUGAGAGUGACUAACAGAAAGUUCACAGAACAGAUGAAUGACUCAUCCUCCCAAGCAUACCAGAAUCUCACUAACCUCUUCAAGAAUCGGAUGGAUGUCGUUUACGCAGGCGACGAUCUUCCUCAGUAUAGAGGGGUGGACAUUCGGAGAUUGCUCAACGGCAGCGUCGUGGUCAAGAACGAUGCCAUCCUGGAGGCGGACUACGCUGUGGAGUAUGAGGAACUGUUUGAAAGUCUGGCUGAGAUUGUAAAGGCCAAGAUUAUGAUGGCCGAAACAAUUAUUGAACCUGAUUUGUGCAGAGGUAGACUCCGUACUGUCUAUAAUGAAAAUGACACUUUUGUGGAUGCAUCGGUGAUGCUGGGCUUUGACUUCCCUGAGAAAUGCACCCAGAAGGCUGCCAAAGAAUAUGCCCAGUUCUACCAUGUGGAUGUCUUAGAUGGGAAGCUGGCCUGUGUGACCAAAUACACCACAGGGCCGAAGUCACAAAUGAACUGUAACCUGGGCAGGUGUCAGCUGCAAUUCAGUGGCCCUCACUGCCUGUGCCCAAGUACGGGUACACACUGGUACUGGGGAGAGACCUGUGAAUGGAACCUCUCCCAGAGCCUCAUGUAUGGGAUCGUGGGGGCUGUGAUGGCGGUGCUGCUGCUCGAAUUGAUCAUCCCGGUCAUCUUCCGCAGCCUAUCCCAGAUAAAACAGCACAGGCCAGCUUCUUGGCCAAAGGAAGGCAACCCUGGCAGCUACCAGAAGAUGGCCGUCUGGGAGGACCAGAAUCUGAUGGAGAGCAGAUACGUCCUUGAGAACGCCUACAGCAACUUCAGGCCCACCCCGGAGAAUGUCCACUCCAACGCAGAUCUCCACAUCCAGAGGCCAAAGGCGGUGGUCUCCACUCUGUGAGCCAGUGGGGGCCUCCCACCCUCAUCUAUCUCUGGACAGGAGAGCAGCAGAGCCCACCAGAGACCUCUGGCGUUGGUCAAGGGGAGACCAAAAUGAGGCCCUGAAGCUGGUCCUGCUCUGAGCUGACAGACUGGGCUGGUCCCUUGCCUGCACGCCUGCUGGGGAAGUGGAGGGCUGUGAGCCCUUCCAUCCAGAAACCUCCGCUGCUUCUCGGUGGCUCCCCAUUCUGGAAUUUCCCUACCAAUAAAAGCAAAUCUUAAAGCUCAGAA